CCCUACAUUUUUCUGCGUGAAGGAUACUGUCACCGAGAAGUUGGGAGGAGACGGCGGCUGGGUUCUCCGUGCACGAUGAAAGCAGCAGCAGAAGAGCCUGUGUAUGGGAACAUGAUCAUCUCAGCUGUUCCUCGCCAGUCUUUUGGGAAGGGAAACCUUCCUGAGUCCUCUCCAAAGAGAUCCCGUGUCCUCUAUGCUCUCCUCCUGCUGCUGAGCGUCCUCCUCAUGGCUUCUCUUGGUGGAGUCACGGCCAAGUGUUUCCAGGAGCGGAGGGAGAAGCACCAAGUGGCCGAAGCAGUUCAGAGAGUCCGAGACUUCUGGAAGGAAAACAGCACUGUGAACAUGUCUGUCAUGGAGCAGACAGGCCAGCAGCUGGUGGGUGAAAUUCAGCCAUUACUGGGCCUGUGGGAGGAGAUCGUCUCGCCCUGUGCUGUGCUCCAGGAGCAAUACCAUUUCCAGGAGCAGCGGGAGAAGCGCCAAAUGGCUGAAGCGGUUCAGGGAAUCCGGGACUUCUGGAAGCAAAACAGCACCUUGAACAAGCCCAACCUGGAUCAGACAGAUCAGCCACUGGUGGGCAAAAUUGAGCCCUUACAGGUCCUUUGGGAAGAGGUCAUCACCCCUUGUGCUGUGAUGAAGAACCAGUUCAGGAGUGUCGUGACCAAGCUUUCCCAAGGCUGGAGACAUCACGGAGGGAACCUCUACUACUUCUCAGAGAAGAAAAGUUCCUGGGAGGAGGCUGAGCACUUUUGCAUGUCCCAGAACUCGCACCUGAGCUCCGUCCUCUCCCGGGAAGAGCAGGAGUAUCUUGCCACGCAAGUAAAAGGCGCAGAUCAAAGGUGGAUCGGGCUGAGUGACCGUGAGGCAGAAGGCUCCUGGCGCUGGGUGGAUGGCUCCAAGUACACGGCGGGGUUUUGGACAGAAAGCCAGCCGGACAACUGGGAUCAGGGAGUUGGAGGGACAGAAGACUGCGUUCACCUGAGCGAACCACAUUAUGAAAGAUGGAACGAUGCCAACUGCACCCUGCAGCACCGGUGGAUCUGUAAGGCGGCCCUGGGGUAGGCCACUGUUCUCCCAGGGAAGCCACACGCAGCAGCCUGGGACCAUAGAGUAAGCAUCUGUAAAGCAGGCUCACUCAAUAGGUUAAGACAAGUUCAAAUAAGUGCUUUUGGGCAGCACUAGUAGCAGUUAAGAGUAACAGCCGCUGUUCUGCUUUGCGGUAAGAACUGAAUUGCACGUAGUCAGCUAGCAGCCUAGGAUCCCCAAACCACGGGCACGCAGCUCCGCAGAGCCAGGCCCCCCUGCACCAACACCGAUGGUGUGACAACACAACAGAAUUGCCCUCGAGCCCCUGCUUGCACGCGUCCCCAGACGUGGGGGGAAGAGAGAAGAAGUCACCCCUGCCAGAACCAGGGGCCUCACCCGGGCCCCAAGGAAGCUGGUUUAAGACAUCGCAGCGAAGGCAGUCAGUGCAUAUUUAAUACAACAGGCCACACAGAAAUGUUGGGUGUCGACUGAGCGGGGAAUUUCGGAGAGCCCAGCACGUUAGAGAUGCCGUGCCACCAAUCUGCCUGCCACCCUCCUGCGUGUCCCGAGCUCGGAGAGGGGCAAUCUCUAUUACGGCGCUGUGGCAGCAAGAUGGGCACGGCAAUGGGCCUUUCUUCUUGUGCUUGUAGGUGUGAGCAAUAAA